GGUGCUCUCUCUCUCUCUGCCCCAACACUCGACUCCACGGACUAGGCAGGGAAGUACCAAAGUUAUCCAAUAAACAUACAAAUGCGAUGCAAUUAACGAAGGACUCGGCGGAAAAGUAGGAGUUUACAGUUAUAUCCUAGGGGAAAAGCGCAGGAUUCUGAAUGAUAUGAGUUUGAUGGUUCCAAUGGAGCACAGGACGCAGAAGUUAACGAGUUCGCCCAAGGGCUUCGUGGCUGUGUUCGAGAUACGCAGAACUCGUCCAAUACUUGUUCUACUAGUGCUGAUGUUGGUAGGGUUGGAUGAGGUCGGAGGACUCCGGACGUGUAGGAGGAAAACGGAAGCUGGUGGGCGAUCUGUGGAGUCCCUGAGCUCUGUGAAGCAUCAUCCUAUGCCUGGAGCGGCACUGAGCCGCUCCAGACGCUACGCCAUCAACCCACUGGGACACAAGUGGAGGCAUUUCAACCUCACCUACAAGAUCGUGAAGUUUCCCAACACGCUGAACAAAGAUGACACCCGCCAGGCCAUCAGCAUUGCGUUCUCCAAGUGGAGCGACGUGUCCCCUCUCUACUUCGCUGAAAUCAAAAACCCCAACAAGAGUGCUGACAUUAUCAUCGGCUUCUACACGUGGAACCACACAGACUGCUGGUGGUCUCCAUUGCAUCCCUGUUUUGAUGGACUAAACGGGGAGUUGGCCCAUGCCUUCCUGCCCCCACGCGGGGAGAUCCACUUUGACAAUCAUGAGUUCUGGAUCCUGGGGAAGUCCCGCUUCAGCUGGAAACAAGGUGUGUGGUUAAAUGACCUGGUACAGGUGGCGGCUCAUGAGAUUGGGCACGCCCUGGGGCUGUGGCACUCCCGUGACCCCCAGGCCCUGAUGCACCCCAAUGCCACCUACACGGGCCAGAGGAACAUUGCCCAGGACGACAUCUGGGGAAUCCAGCGCCUCUAUGGAUGCACAGACAAGAAGCGAGUGUGUGAUCCAUGGGCUCGCCUUGGCUUCUGCGAAAGGAGGAAGAGCUUCAUGAAGAAACACUGUGCCCGACGAUGUGAUCUCUGCUAUGAGCCUCUUGAGGCCGUUACCACGCUAAGUCCACCGCCUGCCAACGUCAAGAUCAAGAUAGUUCCUCGUGGAAAGGUUGUGGGCUUCCGGUGUGGGACGAAGAAUCCUAGAUCGCCUCCCAAAGUCAGUUGGUACAAGGAUGGAGAGCAGCUCGUGAUCUCUAUCCCCGGCUACAUCACCAUGAAGGACCGCGACCUCCGCGUCGUCGCCAACGAGUUUAACGAGGGCACUUAUACAUGUCGCGUCAAUCGUGGCGGCAACGUGGUCUCCGCAAACUCCUGGGUCAUCCGCCUGAACAGCUGAGCUGAAUGAAGAGAGUGAGGGAAGAAUGAGAGCUGGGAAGGAAAGAAUGAGGCAUGGAGGAAAAGAGGACGAACCCACCGCAACAAUAUUAUAGGUGAACUCAGCAAUACAACAUCCUCAUACACAGCAUGACGACUUCCUGCUUACUAAUAUUAAAUAUGCCAAGACUGCCACAUAUUGGACCUUAUUCACCCAGGGAUUGUGAGCUUUCAAAAUACAUCUUUGUGUGAUAAAAAAAACAUAACUUAAGGUUAACCUUGGAAUCAACAGAUAAUUGACCAAUGGAAACAACCCUCUAUUCUAGAGCCAAUAGUGUCAGUCUUAGCACAUCAAAAUUCUGUUGUUGAUGUCUGUAAACAGGAAGUUUCCCCGGUUUGAAGGAUGUCGUCAUAUGUUUGAGUCUAACUUUAAGCAGGCUGUACUCUGACAGUACUCUCUUGAAUCCAGGUCAUAAAUGGAAUAGAUCCCAGAACUCAACCUUGUCCUUAAUGAUGAAUGAAGUUUCAGACUUUAAGAUCUGGUCAGAAAAGACUAGCCUUGCUCACCCUUUAAACGUGAUGCCUUAUUUUUAUGCAGUUGUUGUAUUGAUACAUCUCACUUUGUUAAAAUCUCUAGGGCAGAGUUGAUAUUUCUAUGUCCUGUGUCACUUAACAGUAUAGUAAUUUGUUUUGAGAUAAAGGAUGUAAAUGUGAUGCAGCUAUCACUGUGUGUACAGUGCUUAUGGAAAGUAUUCUCUCCCCUGUUUUCUAUUACUUGCCUUGCAUUUAGAGGGGGGAAAACAAUACAUUGGGAUUUAUUCACAACAACCUUUCAAAAAAGGUAUUUAUUUGUACCCCAGAGUAAAUACUUGGUGGAAGCACCUUUAGCAGCAGUUUGACCCACUUUUUGAAAAAGUCUCCACCAACUUUGCUGUCACACUACGGUCAGAUUUUGACGCAGAUUUAACUACUAGGCUAGGUCACUCGAGCCCCGUUUUAUACCUGGUUCUAACAUGCAUCCCGAUCUUGUCCACGUUCUGAUUGUGCCAUCAUUUUCAGACGAGUUUAUACGGCCUUAUCCGUCCACCUUGUCUGCAUUGUGACCUGUUUUCUUGUUCCCCCCCCAUAUGCAAAUUAUUUGAUGAAUAAUCUUUCAAAAUAAUAUAUAUUUAUAUUAAGACACAUAAGUCAAUGGUGCCACCUGUCAAUGAUUUUAGACGGCGGUUACACCACCAGCUGUGGACACAAUCAGGAUGUGGACAAAGGGCUCGAUUCGAUCCGUAGAGCUGAAGAUCCGCACUACAAUGCUAUUUUAAAUUUAAAAACAAUGUUACCCGCGUUUGCAGAGACCGCAUUCACGGUAAACGCUUCAUAUGUUGGCUCAAUCGGAAGUUACCUUUAAAUGUAAAUAGUGCUGUAACGUGGAUCUUCAGCACUAGAUCAGGACAAAUGUUAGAACUGGGUAAAAACAGGGUUUCAGAGACAUUGACCAUCUUGGCAAAUCACUCCAGUGCAGCAUUGGUCUUAUUUUGGGUUAUUGUCCUGGCGAAAUGUCAACGUCUGUCUUAUCCAGUGUCAGGUGUUCAACAGACUGAAUAUGUUUUACGUGUCCUUUGCACCAUUUUUCUUUUGACCCUUCUAGUAUUGGAGUGACUGCAAUUUUGAUCUUUCCCCCCCAUCCGAACUAAGAAACUAUUCUACAAUCACCAUGGUCACCUUCGUCUGGGUGAUGUGAUAAAUCAUUCACAGCUUAAUUAUUAACUUGACCAUGCUUAAAGGACCCUCCCCUAAUCUGUACCUACCUACAAAUGUAUUAAUGAGAUGUUCUGAAAGCUCCAGGGUAGCUUUGAGGUUAACUCUUUGCUUGAAAUCCAUUAACUGAAGGACCUUACAAAGAUGGGUAUUUAUUCUGAAAUAAAUACGUAUUUAUAUUGUAAACAAAUAUUGUUGCACACGGAGAUGCCACAGCAAAGGGGGUGGAUACGUAUGCAUUCAAGCAGAAGUUAAUUUUAGAAUCGUCUAGAUUUUGUCUCACUUAAAAUGUGGUGUAGGAUGUGCAGAUCAGUGAAAAAUGCCAAUGUUAUUCAUUUUAUAUUUAAGGCAACAUGUAAAAACUGUGCAAUUGAAGUGAGUACUAUUGCCUGUUUUUCUACCAUGUUAAAUGGUUUGGUAUAUAUUUUCCCUCCUGUGUAACAAGGAAUGGUUGCCAGAACUGUAUAUGCACCACCACCACCAGUUUAGAAAUAUGCAACAACACAUUGCCAAACAUAGACCACUGUAUAUUGAAGUGAUUUUACUUCAAAAUUGAGUAUUUUUCUUUGUACAUAUUUAUUUUAGUCCUGUUAUAACUGAUAGUAGUCAACAGGUUGACAGUUCAUGACAAGACAGACAUUUCCUUUGCCAAUUAAAGGGCAGAGAAACAAUGAGGACAUUUAAAAACAGGAGGAUAUUGUGUUGGCCCUCAUAAGCCUGCCACUGAAAUGCAUACAUUUGUGACCAGCAAAAACACAAAUGUAAGCAGUAACCAGCUGCUUUUACACACACAACGCAUUCAGAAAGUAUUCAGACCCCUUGACUUUUUCCACUUUGUUACGUUACAGCCUUAUUCUAAAAUUGAAAAAAUUGUUUUUAUUCAAUUUUCAAAUAAUUAUCAAUUGAUUGGACAUGAUUUGGAAAGGCACACACCUGUCUAUAUAAAAGGUUCCACAGUUGUCAGAGGAAAAACCAAGGCAUGAGGUCAAAAUAAUUGUCUGUAGAGCUCCAAGACAGGAUUGUGUCGAGGCACAGAUCUGGGGAAGGGUACCAAAAAAAUGUCUGUAGCAUUAAAAGUCCCCUCCAUCAUUCUUAAAUGGAAGACGUUUGAAACCACCAAGACUGUUCCUAGAGCUGGACGCCCGGCCAAACUUAGCAAUCGGGGGAGAAGGGCCUUGGUCUGGGAGGUGAACAACAACCAGGUGGUCACUCUGACAGAGCUCCAGAGUUCCUCUGUGAAGAUGGGAGAACCUUCCAGAAGGACAACCAUAUCUGCAGCCAGACGGAAGCCACUCCUCAGUAAAAGGCACGACAGCCUAAAGGACUCUCUGGUCUGAUGAAACCAAGAUUGAAAUCUUUGGUCUGAAUGCCAAGCGUCAUGUCUGGAGGAAACCUGACACCUUCCCUACGGUGAAGCAUGGUGGUGGCAGCAUCAUGCUGUGGGGAUGUUUUUCAGUGGGAGGGACUAAGUCAGGAUCGAGGGAAAGAUGAACAGAGCAAAGUACAGAGAGAUCCUUGAAGAAAACCUGCUCCAGAGUGCUCAGGACCUCAGACUGCGGCGAAGGUUCACCCUCACAACAGGACAACGACCCUAAGCACACAGCUAAGGAAAGGCCCAGCCAGAGCCCAGACUUGAACCCCAUCAAACAUCUCCAAAGCCUGGAUUGCGGAUGUCAUAUAUUGGCCAUUGAGAGGCCUUGAAGCCACCGCUCGGCAAUAUUGGCACUCCCCAGUAGGAGCAGUCCUCCAUAGGAAUGAAUGGAAUUCUACAGUAUUUCAAUUGAACACAACACAGGCAGACCAAUUCUGAUCUUUCUUCCACAUCAGAUCUUUUUCAGAGAUGAUCUGAUUGGUAAAAAUAUCAGAAUCGGGCUGAGCUGCCCGUGUAAACGCAGAAUAAUAUUUCACAUACUAUUGUAUAAGUGCCUAAAGUUGCUUGCUUCAGAGAAUACAAUUCACAAUAUAACGAUUUGAAUAACCACAGACUCUGGCUAAGCUUAAACAUGAAU